UGCUCCUGUGUGCAUGAAAGCGCCACAUCUAGUUUUCCUCUCUCGCUGCUCUGGUCUCCUGAAUUUGUGCAUCCUGAAAGGUUAUACAUGGCUGACAUCGUUGACGCAUUGGUCCUUAAGCUUCAGUCAAAGAUAUGCUAUCAUAAGGAUGCCAAUAUCGAGUACCUGGAAAUCAAGACAAUGGUUGAUAAACUCGUAGAAGCGAACAAAAAGCUCAAAGAUAAGAAAGUGGACUUUAAUGGUGUAAUUGAUAUGGUCAUAGAAGAAAAGGAGAAAUUGCAGCAUGACUAUCAAGUGAUAAAGGAGCGGGUGGCAAAAAAGGAGGAGCAACUUGAAACUGUAAAGAAGGAACUUGAAGAAGAAAAACAUGAUCAUGUCGUAGCAAAGAAUGAGCUUGAGGAAGAAAAACAUGGCCAUGUGGCAACAAAGAUGGAGCUGGUGGCGGCAAAACAAGAACUUGCUAAAAGGAACAAAGAGCUGGAGGUUUUAAGGAAGAAGCUUAAAGAGAGCGAACCAGUACCUUCCAAAAUGGUAACAAGAUUGACACAUAAACGGCAAAUGCUGCUCCAAGCCUUGAUGUGCAAUGAUGCGGAUGGACAUCGCCCAAAGAAACGUAGGUCCUAUCAGCAUGCAAGCCAAGAUGACGACUUGGAGGUGAUUAGGCAAAGCUGAUCCAGGUCGUGUGCUAGCAGUUGGAAGUGAGGAAGGAAGCCAUCAUCUUAGCAGACCAUGACUAACACUAGCAACUACUUCCUCCGUUCCUAAAUAUAAGUCUUUCUAGGCAUUCUACUAGAAGACUACAUACGGAUGUAUAUAGACAUA